UAUUCAUUCUCUCUCCGUACGCCGUGUCACACGCAAUCUCGACGUUCGCGCGCCCGCCCGGCGUCCAUUUUGUGUGUUGAGUGUUUAAUAUUAUAUAUUGUUUUUAUUAUUAUUUGUCGGCGUUAUUAUCACCGUUGCAGUCUUUUUGUACCGACCGGUCAACAGUCGGCGUAUGUGUACGUUAUACCGUGGCGUUUAUUAUUUUUGUUAACUCGUUUGUUUUGUUUUUGCUAAAACACGGACUACCUACUACACCGGUUGUGUGUCGCGCGCGCGUGUGUGUGUGUAGGCUUACGAAUAUUAUUAUAGUACGUUAUUAUUAAACUGUGUGCGCGCGCUGUGCAGUGUGGUGUUCGUCGUACGACCGACAUCGACCAAAGUACUCUGAUCGCGCCAUUAUAUUUAAUUGUGUUAUCGCUUCAACCCGUCUCGUCGACUAAACAACGACCAUGACGGUUACGUGCGUGUCGUUGGCAGCCGAAGGAGGCGUCGUCGGCAGACGAGUGUUGAUGGCAAAAACGGAUUCGCUGAGCAACGUUGAUAACAAUAACGGACCGGCUACGGCCACAGCGGCGGCGACCGCCGCCGCGUCGGUUACGGGCAAGGCGUCUGUGCUGAGCGUGAAACGCGUGCUGUUCGGGCCGCCGGCCGAUCGGUCGGAGACGCGGGCGUGGCUUGAGCGACAACUCCACUCGUCGACGGCGGCGAAUUCGCGUUCCUGGAACUUCGAUUUCGUCAACGAGCGGCCGAUGCGCGACAGCCCGGCCGACCGUUACGCGUGGGAACGCGUCUGUCCACCGCUACUACAAACGGCCACUACUGCCGCCACCACUACGACCACCGCCGCCGCCGCGGCAGGCGAUGACCAACAGACCAACGGCGGUUCUUGUAGCAGAAAACGACAAUCUAAAGUCACAGAUUUCAUGAGCAAAACUAAAAAACGACCAUUGAGCGCUGUCGGAUCGUCGUCAAAUAAACUUGUUGACGAAGAGUUCACCCUGUCGGCGAGCAGCAAGAGAACACGUCGAACGGCUAUCUAAAUUUGGAAACGGACGCACAAGAGUAAAUAUGAUAAAAAAAUAACGCGAGUGCCCAUUAAGUUUUUUUUUCUCAUUUUCACCUCUAAAUUUCAAGAUCUCCCAAAUAGAUAGUCUUAACCUAUAUAAUAUUAUCUUCUAUACAGGGUUCUUCCUGAGUUAAACACUUUUAUUGCAUUAUUUAUGUGUGUAUAAAUUCUUUUUUUUCAACUCCCAUCGUUAUUGUACAGAUGUUUUUAAAUUUUAAAAUUUUUUAAAAAUUAUGUAUUUUUUUAAACAAUUAAUAUUUAUACUGUUUUGUUUUUUUUGAUCUCCUUCACGAAUAUUGUUCGGUUUCCCAUUUGCUUAUUACGCGCAGUCCAAUAUUUUGUUGUUUUAUGUGUCUUGACAAAAAUGUUAACUAAGAAAUCCCAUCUUUUAGAUGAAUGUAUUUUCUUCGUAAAAGAACAACAAUAAUAAUAAUUUAAAAAUAUAUAGACAUCAUUUAACCGAUAUGUUAACUUCUCAGUUUGACGUCUUUUUGUUUAGUAUUAGCUCUAGAUUUUAAUGUUAAUGUGCAAUUAUACAUUUAACUUUUAAUUUUAGCUUGUUAGUUUAAAUCUAAAAAAACAACAUUUACAAGCCAAAAUUGUAUAUGUAAUAAAUAUAUCUAUAAUAUAUAUUAUAUAUAUAAUGUAGCAUGCAUCAUUCAUAAACAGAUUUAACAAUGCUGUCAUAAAACUUUUAACAAUUUUUUUGAAUUUGCAGUUAUCAUCAUUACAGAAAUAAUAAUAAUACUUCAUUUUCGAGAAGAUCUCAGUUUUAAAGAUAAAAAUAUCCAAAGAUUCAUUGGUCUCUAUUACUAAUUUUACAAACAUCCAAAGAUAUAUUUGUCAAAUUUUUCAGUUCAUGAAUCAAAAUUACAGACUGUUUCAUAGUUUUUUAAAUUUUAAUUCUGUAUUACUAUAUGAUUAAAAAAAUUUCAGAAGUGCCGUGUUAAAAACGACAGCUAUGUAUUUAAUUUUAAUUAAAAAAAAAAAAAAUCAUUCAAAGCGUAUCAUCACAAGGGAAAACAAGUUUAACUUAAAACAGAUUUUUUAUUAUUCCAAUAUGGGACUGAAAUGAUCUCAUUGUUAUUAACUUUUUUUUUACACAAGGUUAUUUUGAACAAAAAAUUCACUUCUUGUUGUAAAAUGUCUUGUAUAGAUUAAUUGUUUUUUUUUUUGUUUAUACAUAUUUUUAAUACACAUAUAUAUAUGUAUACAUGUAUAUUAUAUAUAUAUAUAUAAAGAAAAAAAAUCUAAAAGUUGUAAGCUCGCUCUCGGGUUGUCUUCGUUCUCUAUUGUCAAAAUUUGUUCUCUUGAUAAUUUACAUUCAACCUGUGAUGUAUUAUUCUGAUCUCAACAGGAAAAAAAAAUUGUUUUCGAAAGUAUAUAUUUGAAUGUAAUACGUUUUAUAUUAUUAUAAUUAUUAUGUAAUAUGUUUAUUUAUAUAUAUAUAUAUUGUAAGAGAAAUGUAAUUUUUACAAUUUAGACCGGAUAACAAUUUUUUGUAUUUUUUUUUUUAAAUUAUUAUUUGGUUAUUAUUAAAAGGAAGUUAACAUUUUGAAAUUGUACAUACAGUUUAUAUAGGAAUCGUGUUGUUUUUUUUUAAUUUGACAGUGUUUUUUUAGACAUAUAAAUACCGUAGACAUUAGACAUAUAAUACAAUUGUAGACUAUUUGUCUUAAGUUAAAUAAAUGACAUAAAUAUAUAUACAUAUUUAUAUAUUGUAUAAAAAUAAAAUAAAUGUAUUUGUAUUUAAGAAAUGAAAUACUUAUUUUGGAUAAACAGAA